GUCGCUACUGCAGCAACAACGAAGGCAAUCUCUGCAUCACAAAUGUUUGAUGGUCCAUUCACAGGCUGUGAGUAGUAUCCGAUAUCUCAGUCGCAAGCAGCAGCACUUGCUACGCGUGUUUUUGUUGGAUUCCUGGUUCAGCCUUCCUUUCUCUUGCCACGUUAGACUUUGCAUUUGAAUCAGUCAUGGCUUCGCCAGUUAGUCGAUUGCCCGGUCCACAUCACGAAGUUGUGGUCCUCCGUACGUUCGCCUCAUUCCUGUUUCGCGAUCCAGCAGCUCACUCCGUUAUUCCCGUCGUCAUGCUCAAGUGGUCGCGACUGCUGACGUUGCUGUCGCUGUGGCUCGCGUCCGUGGCGUCGGUCACUGCUGCUGCUGUCAACGGCGAGGACCCUGCAGUCCGUGACACUCCAUCCUACGACUGCUCGGGGCCAUCCAGUACGGGCGACAGCUUCAUCGACUACGAUCACCUGGUACACUGCACGCCACUGCUACAGAGCUCGCCUGUUCUAGCCAAGGCCGCACUCGUGCUGUGUCUCGUGCUGCUGUUGUAUCUACUGAGCUCCACGGCCGACGAGUUCUUCUGCCCGGUAUUGCAGGCUAUCGUCGAGAAGUACCGUAUCCCUCCUCACGUGGCCGGUGUGACCUUCUUGAGCUUCGGUAACGGGUCACCCGACGUUUUCUCCAACAUUGCAGCAUUCGCAACGCCUACGCCGUCGAUCGGCGUGACGUCCAUCCUUGGUGGUGGAUUACUAGUGACGACCGUCAUCACGGCGUGUGUGGGACUCGUAUCGGAAGGUCAGGACCAGUUGAUCCCACGCACCUUCCUACGUGACGUGAUGUUCUACUUGAUCGCUGUUCUGUAUCUAGGACUAGUGUUCUUCGACGGCAAAGUGGAGCUAUUGGAGGCUGUCGGCUUCCUGUGCAUCUACUUUGUGUACGUAUUGGUGGUCUUCUCGGACAAGUAUUUAGCCCGUUGGUGUUUCCCAUCAAGAGUACCAGAAGAGUCCAUCUACGCUGUGCUGGACGACGACGAUGAUCUGCAGUACUGGUCGUCGUCAUCGAUGAGUGAAAAGAGUCCUGCGGAGAGUCCGUUGAUGCUACUACAGCCCACAGAGCAGAAACGUCGGCCGUACUUGAAGAGCCAAACGCUUCAAGUCUACGACACGUUCAAUCACACGCCAAUUUUCUCGGAUUCAGAGCAAUCGGAGCCGUCUCCGCGGUUUCUCGAUCGACUGUUGUAUCGCAAGAGUUCGUUGCCGACACCACGAUCAGAGCCUCACAUCUGUGACGAGUUGGGGCCGAUUGAAGGCCAAUCGUUACUAGAAGUCACUGAUGUUCAUCUCAAGCGACCGUCGUCCAUGUGUGUGGGGUCAAUGCAAGAUUCACUACGUCGAAUGAGACGACAAAGACGUCAACGUAAAUCAACUUGGGAAUCAUUGGAACGGAGUGCACAAUUUGGGGCUUCAGCGAGACGCUGGACGCGCGGGUAUCACGCUCAUGCACUCAGUGAUAUCGAAGAGUUCUCACCUUCUGCCGAGGCGGGGGAUGUUGAAACAGAAGUGGAAGAAGCAUCAGAGGACGAGACACAACGAAAGGAGCAGGAAGCCAAAGAAGAAGAAGAACUUGCUCUGGAGGCGAGUAUGGCUGUGUCUUCCUUCGAUCGAGUAAAGGUCCAAGCGAAGCGGUGGAGAAGACUUAUUAUCCGAGCGGGAGGAGGUAUCUAUUGGGCCUUUAUGCGGUUCAUUUGGACUCCUAUCGAAGUCUUCACUGUGUUUCUUCGACGACUAACGAUCCCGCUGGUGGACGAGGAUACGUGGGAUAAGAACCUGGUUGUAGUGUGCCCACCUUUCGCGAUGCUGUUGUUCGGCAUAUCGGUGUUUUCUUUCAGCUUUGAAGAUCCCGUUUUCCUAAUGACGGUCAUCGUUGUGGGUGGAAUAUUCAGCGCUACCAUCGAGUACUCCACUUCUCCACUUACACCGCCAGAAGGCUGGCAAUUGGCGCUUUUGAUUUGCUUGGCUUUUGUCAUGUCGGUCAUUUGGAUCAUGAACAUUGCCAAUGAAGUGCUUGCUGUUUUGGAGACACUGGGUCAGCUCUUCGGGAUUUCCAGCUCCGUUCUAGGAGUAUCGGUUCUGGCGUGGGGAAACUCUAUUGGAGACCUCGUAUCCAACAUGGCGAUCGCACGCGAUGGAUUCCCUACUAUGGCGUUCGCGGGCUGCUUUGCGGGGCCAAUGUUCAACUUGCUGGUCGGCGUUGGGUUGUCACUUACGAUCGCCAUCAUUUCACGGGGCCCUCUCUCCAUGGGCGAGCCGUCGCCGUUGGUUUACAUGAGCUUCGGAUACCUCUUGCUGAGUUUGCUGCUGAACAUUGGGAUCGCAUCGUACGACGGCUUUCGAUACCGCCCGCGGCUUUGCUACACUCUACUGGCGUUGUACACAUCGUUUGCUGUUAUUUCCAUAGCCGUCGUGCUGCAUUAUCCACAGGAAUAAUGUAAGUCUUUUGUUCGCCAAGCUCAAACUUGAAUGCACUAUUGAUCAUCACAAUGCUACUCUGAUGCACGGUCACACAAACGACAUGUAGUUGUCAAACAAAUAAAGCGUGUCCAUAACUCACUUACAUGGUGAUUUGUAAGUGUCUUUCUCUACUGGC